AUGAUCAAGGAAUCGAAAAGUGAACAAGUAAAGACAAUAUCAAAAGUAUACGCAGACGUGUUAUCGAAGAAACCGAGUUCGUUUUACGAAUACGACAAUUUCAAUCCUCAAUACGAAGAUGUUAACAAUUACAGUUUAAUAAGGAAGAUUGGUCACGGCAAAUACAGCGUGGUAUUCGAAGGUCUACAUCAAGUUAAAAACGAAAACGUCGUUAUAAAGAUGUUGAAACCAGUAAGAAAACGAAAAAUAAAGCGGGAAAUCAAGAUCCUAGAAUGUCUAAGAGGCGGUACCAACAUUAUUAAGCUUUUAUCGGUAGUGAGUGUACCUGACACGGACGUAACCGCGUUAAUAUUCGAACAACUCGUCCAGAACGAAGAUUUUAAAAACGUCUAUUUAAAAUUAACCGAAUCCGAUACGAGAUAUUAUCUAUACGAAAUAUUGAAAGCUUUAGAUUUUUGUCACAGUAAAGGGAUCAUGCAUAGAGACGUCAAACCGCAUAAUAUAGUAAUCGAUCAAUCGAAUAAUAAAAUCAGAAUAAUCGAUUGGGGUUUGGCGGAAUUUUACCAUCCAGGACAGGAGUAUAACGUUAGAGUUGCUUCGAGAUAUUUCAAAGGACCUGAACUGCUAGUAGAUUAUGGAUAUUACGAUUAUUCUUUGGACAUGUGGUCGUUGGGGUGUAUGUUCGCUUCGAUGAUUUUCAGAAAAGAACCAUUUUUUCACGGGUUGGAUAAUUACGAUCAAUUAGUGAGGAUCGUCAAAGUUUUAGGUACAAACGAACUGCACGAUUAUCUCAACAAGUACAAUAUAACGAUUGAAAAAAAAUUGUAUUGUCUGUUAGGAUUGCACUCGAGAAAAUCCUGGCAGAGGUUCGUGAAUACGGAAAACGAAUAUUUGAUAAACGAUCAAUCGUUGAAUCUUUUAGAAUGUCUGUUAAAAAUCGAUCACGCCGAAAGGAUAACAGCUCGCGAGGCUUUGAAUCAUAAAUAUUUCGCGCCAAUAAGACGGAAAAUUCAAACCAGACCAAUCGCGGUGCCGAUUCUCGGAGAACAUUCCAUGGUGGAAGAGAAUCAGUGA